AUCUUCCUUUACAUGUCUAACAUUUGUGAGCAUAACAAUCUUAAAAGCAGUUUUAAAAGUACGCAACAUAACAUAACAACAUGUGUUUGUGAGUCUUAAAUUUACUUGAGGUGAGUCCAGUUGCCUACUUUUAAAACUGCUUUUGAGAUUGUUAUGAUGGCCUGGAUGACUGAGAAUAUCCACAAGUAUUUGUGAGCAUACUGAAAGUGAAAGAUCAUUAUGUCAUUACAGGUUUUUGUAACAUUUUUGUUUGUAUUUUUCUCAUGUAAAAAUUGUGCAGCGGGUAAAAAAAAAAGAUUUUCAGUCUACAACUCCAACAGUGCAUGUGUUUAACUCCAACAAACUUAAAUGGUUAAGAUGAAGCGUAGACUAAUUAGGGUUUAUUUUCCGUCAUCGACGUCACUCCUCAGCUCGCGCACCGUUAUGACCACGCCCAUAGUAGGAGGCAAAAAGCGCGUGCGUGAAGGUGUUAGACUCUUAUCCAUCAUUGUGUGGCAAAUACGUAACGGACUGGUUGUCUGUUUAGGUUUCUGCGUUUACAGUGGGUGAGGCUUUGAUGCAUAUCUGUGUUGGCUGUGUGCCGUGACGGGAGUCAGUGUUCAGGGAAGGAUAAGUGCAGGACAUGGAUGGAGAAGCAGCAGCAGCAGCACACAGCCAGGAGUCUGAGGCUCCUGCUGCAGCUGCUUCUCUCGUCAUGGUCGAAAACGAAGCUGAGAGCAUCCCUGUUAAAAAAGAGGUGUCGGUGUCCAGCUGCUACCAUGACCUGGAGACUUGCCCCGUUUGUCAUCUCAAGUUCUACUGCCGUGAGCCCAGAAUCCUGCCGUGUCUGCAUUCUUUUUGUAAGCGAUGCUUGCCUCCUCCUUCCAGGAACUUGUCCAUGUCGGAGCUGCCGCAGACACUGUUUACCGACCGGGCUGCCAAACCACUGAAUGUGAUCUGCUGCCCCGUGUGCAGGCAAGAGUGUAUGGAAGGAGAUGUGAUGGCAAACAUCUUUGUGAAGGACUCAGAUGAGUCCCCCAGCAGCACAGUGGAGAGGACGGUGCAGCUCUGUAUGACCUGUGAUGACAACACUGAGGCUGCUGGAUUCUGUGUGGACUGUGUUGAAUACCUCUGUGCCACAUGUGUGGAGGCUCACCAGAGAGUCAAGUUCACCAAAGACCACAACAUCAAACAGAAACCAGCAGUGUUGGAAGACGGCUGUGGACCGACCACUCAGAGGCCCAUGUUCUGUGACAUCCACAAACAAGAGCCGCUGAAGUUGUUUUGCGAGACCUGCGACCAGAUCACUUGCCGUGACUGUCAACUGACAGGACACAAGAACCACAGUUAUCAGUUCCUUGAAGAUGCUUUCAAAAACCACAAACAACACAUGGAGAGUCUGACCCUUCAGCUGCAGGAGAAAAAGAAACUCGUCGACGAUGUGUCCAACUACGUUGAAAAAAGAAUUCUCCAGGUUGUUCAGAACCGCACGUCUGUCCAGGAGGAAAUAAAAAAGUCCAUCUGCAGUUUGAUUCUGGAGAUUAACAAGAAAGGAGAGAUGCUUUUUAAUCAGCUUGAGGCCGUAACAAAGGAUCAUGAGCGUGUCUUGCGCAAACAACAGGAAGAUAUUGGCUAUCUGUCCCGACACCUGGAUCACAUCUUGAACUUUACCAAAUGGGCCACAGCCAAAAAUGGGGCCAUGGCCUUUUUCUACCGUAAACGUCUGAUUCUGUUUCAGAUUGAAAAACUUCUGCAGGCAAAAUGCAGUAACUCAUUUUUACCACAGAGCACUGUACGCUUUCAGUGUCAAUCCUCUUUGAGGGCCUCAAACGUUGAUCUUGGGUCAAUAUUGAUAGAAAAAGUACCAGGUGACCAGUUGCUGGAUGUUCCCCAUCAGUUGACGCACCAGGUGGAAUCCACCUUAGGUUCAAACCAAAACUUUGGAUCAGAAGUUCCACUUAACACUCUCGCUCAGCUUCAGAGGCAGGUGGACAAGCUAAACUCUCAGGCCAGUGGGCGGCCACAGCCACAUCGUCCGAUCGAGACGUUGUACCAGAGCAUUCAACUUCCACCAACAUUUCUAAGACCAAUGCAUCCUCCUCAACAAAGUCAUAGAACCAUCUUAUCUCCGUCCAGGCACAUCAGCCCUAUAAGCAGUCCAACAAGCUCCGGCUUAAUGCCAAAGAGAGAAUUGAGAAGCAGCGCCAUCUGCCAGUCAAAACCUUUAGACAUAUUUUCUUCCUCGCCUUUUUACACUCAUUCUUCAACAUCGUCCUUCAAUAGUUACACAAACUUGUCUCAGUCAGCUCAUAAAGUUGAGUAUGUGUGUCAAAACAAGAGGAAGGAAUCAGAUGACUUAUUAAACAUGCUGAACCCGAACCACUCCUACAGCCUACCAUCUCCAACAAAAAGAAAUGUACAAGGACAGCAUAGUACACUAGGAUCCAUUGAUACAUCUUUUAGGGGACAGUCACAGGUUUUCUGGGAUCCUCUUCAGACACUACUGGCAAAUGAAGCAGUGAGAUCAUCGGACAAGAAAAGACAAAAGUCGUCUCCUGGACCUGCCACAGUCAUCAAAGAUGAGCCAGAAAAUGGGAGUUACUGUAUAUGAAUGUAGUAACGGACCAGCCUUUCUGACAGAAAAGGUAAACAACAAUCAGAGAUGAAGGUGUGAACAGUUCUUGGAACAAGACAGGAAGUGGUGAAAGGCUAAUGAAGACAAACAUACAUACUGUACAACAGACAAUGAAGAGCCUGCAUUCCUCUAUCUGGAGGCUGAACGGAGUCCAAGAGUUUGUUUCAAGGAGCAGGCUCAUCUUUGAGAAUCGUGGAUCUCUCAGCAAGUCAGUCAGUGAGGUCACGAUGGCCGACAUUAGGCUGAUGACGUUGUCUGAGCAGCACCUGAAGAUCCUCUUCUGACCAAAUGCUCCCAGAUGUUUAACUGAAGAUGACACCGACUGCCUGCCCCAGACUAUUAAAUGUCUUUUCUUGAUGAAUUUUUCCAGACUACGAAGCCCCAGGGCACAUGUUCCUGCAAUGGAGAGGAUACAGUGUUUUAAAAGGAAAAAAAGAAGGUGUUUUUGAGGAUUUAGAAGCAGUGUUUGGAAAAACUCAGGGCAGGAGCCUUUAUGUGGUCUGUAAAUCAUUUAUUACAGACAUUUAUGACAUGAGUGCAGGUCAUUCAGGUUGUAGGGAAUUCAUUUUCAUACAAGAAUCAGGGUACAGGCCACCAAGAAUAACUGUUUUACACUGUUACAGAAGAUGGAUUCAAGUUGUAUCAGACUAGCACAGACCAAAUAUAACAGGAAUUUAAAGCUGGAAGUACUGCAGCACAGAAUGCACAAAGUAGUCCCUAAGUAAAGGCUACAAUUAAAGUUUCAUUCAUUAAACUCUCAUGUUCGUUCUAACUUUAGAUGUGAUUUUGAAUAGUAAUGACUGGGUGUAAGGAUGAUGAUGAGGAUGAUAAUGAUGAUGAGGCUUGACACUUGUUGUUGAUUGAUGAUGUGGAAUAAAAUAUGUAACAACCUGCACAGUCAACUCCUACACAAGUAUAUUGUCAUCAUAGAGGAAAUUCUGUUGACAUGUUGACAUGAAACUCCAUAUAUUUUUUGACACUAAUAGUUAAAACUAAUUUGUUUAUUAAAAGAUCCUACAAAACGUUUUUUUUCAAGGCGUAAAGAAAAUAAAAUUACGGCGACAAAGAGAAAAUAUUGAAAUUUAUUUUCCUUGCUGUGCCAUCCCUCGCAAUAACUCUACGCCCCCCUAAGGGGGUCUGUCCCCUACUUUGGCAACCACUUCUGCAAGUCAACUUUAAUCUGUAAAUUUCAGUCCCCAUGUUAUGUUUUUUGUAAGAAGAAUUUUAUAAAUAACCAACUUUUUAAAACAGCUCAUAAUGACGUACCAAACACUUUGCGACUGUUUUAUUAACACUGUACCAUGUGUCUGUGUUUGGGUUUGUCAGAGAUAAGGCUUCAGGAGCCCGCAGUCUGCCUGUCUGUGUUGGUGACUCUCUGCUGAUUGACACAGAUGUGGCAAGACAGGCUUUGUUGAGCUUCAAAGCAAAUGAACUGCACACUCGUCGUCCUCCCCACCCCCGCUCCAAGAUUAGCCAUGUUUUUAAUGUGACCUUGGUGAGCCCAGAUUCUCACACCUAAAAGCUAAGAGGCCGGCUCUGGCUGCUGUUCCUUGUUAAAGCCUAAAUGUUGAUUAGAAUCAAAGAGAGAGAAAGAGGGGGAAACAGUUAAGACAUGGCAGCUUCUAAGAACUCGACGGGUGGUGGAACAGAUAAGAUAAACAGUAUAUUAUAUUAUAUAUUAUAUGUAUUGGUAAUAACUGCUGAAAAUGUUCAGGUUAUGUAAUAGGUUGCAAUAAAUAUCCAGUCUCUUGGUUUUUGUUUUCCAAUGUGGCAAUACAACCACAAACCACUGCAUUACACUGUGGCUGUAAUGUGACAAAGAACCAGACAUGUUGACUGAUGGAUGACCCCAGUCACAUCCUUGUUUAAUUAUUUUUCCAUCAUUAUGGGAUACUGUUUAAAUUUUUACAUCCUACUAAUAUACAAAUACAAAUAUUUUUUGCAGAAGUCAUAUUCUUAAUUGCAACAAUAAUGAAGACAAAUUAUUGUAUAUGGUAUAAACAGAUCCUGAUAACAGUAUCAUAUCGGCCCAGGUACUUCACUCGUGCCCUGAUAUGUACUGUUCAGAAAUGUGGUGACCGACCAGUCAGAGAGAGUUUUUGUUUUCCUACUGCAGUUCAGUGUGUCAUUGCCCUUAUGGUGUUUUAUUUAAGUAGGUCAACAAUGGCAGCAGUUUGGAAGUAUUUGAACUUUGGGGAUGAGGACAGAAUCAGGACUUACUCUACGAUGUGUUCAGUUAUGACACAAGAAAUGUAAUAAAACACCUUGAGAUGUGCUAAAUGCGUUUUCUAUAUGUGCUUUGUGUUUGUGUCACAGCCCUGCUCAGUUAGCGUUCAGCAAGCUAAUAACUAUGCAGAGGCUAAGUUUCAUUUAUUGUGUUUUUUAAGAAAAUAGUUUUUUUACACAUAGUUUUAUCAAUGUGUUGUCCUAAGACUUUAAUACAGUAAUAUUUGUUUUCUUGGAAUGAAAUAGCCUUCUGUUCAUGAGAAGACAAUAAAACUAGCUGCAACAUUUUCCUGCUUCCUUGCCACCUACAUACUUACAUUUCAUUGCAUAUUUAUUGAAACUCUUCCUAAAAUAGUAUUGGUGACAGUACUCAAUAUUGGUGAGUACACACAUAAAAAUACCAUGUAUCGGUUUUGUAAAAGAAAUGGUUCAAUUCAAAGUAGUUCCAAAACCACACCAAACGUCCAACACCAUCUUAAAGCACUGGUGUUGUUGUUUCAAUUAUUCUCUUUGUGUUUCCAGGUGUCUGUUACACAAAAGGAUGUGGUGCAGUGAAGAGCAUGUAGACACAGCUGACCACACUUUAACAGAUCCACCAGACUUCGACGGCGCAGUAACACAUUAAUAACUGCUAUAGACUUGUGGUGUUCCCCUGUAUGCCUGUGGUGUCCCAACAUCAAGUCCUCGGUGAUGUUUCUCGACUGGCUAGACUAGUGGUGGAGACAUAUGGGUCUGAUUAGGCGAUCAUUUAACCUCUCUCUCUGUCACCAUGCCCAGAGUUGGAAGACUGAUUGAAUUUGCAGAGGGCAAAUAGUUGGUAUGAAAUGUUUAAAAUACAGUCUAGCAAUUAUAUGUCAACGUCUUGCCAAUUUUGGACAAGGUUUUGCGUUGAGCUUUCAUAUACCUGCUACUUACUACUAAUUUCUGCUUUUAUGUAUUGUUUGAGGGGAAGAAAAAUGGAUAAAAUUCAUUUAAUAAGCUUAACAGGAAAGCCAAAGGGAGCAGUAAGAAGUCCACUGCUGCGCGGAUACCAGUGGGAAAUAACACACAAGGGUCGACGGAACUGCCCAGAGGCAAUUUAAUUAUCUUUACAGUGCAACAAACCCAGACCUAGCAGUGGAGAACCAUAGUUAUUUGCUGACACAGUAAUGAAAGUUUAUUUUUCAGAUAUACCAAUGUUUUUAGGGCUUACAGUCCCCACAUAGCCACAACAGAUUUUUAAAAUACCUGAAAACUAGCUCCAGAUGUCGAGUAAUCAGUUCAGUUAUUAGUCACACAGAAAAAGAG